AUGGAGGCGAGGGCCGUGUGCGAGAUUUUGAAAUACAUAAUUAUUCACUGGAAAAGGCAAGCGGCAGAACUAAGUCGGGAAGCAUUGUUGGAAGGGGAGCUGCUCAUUUCCAUAGAAGAAUCAACUUCAAAAUAUCGAGCAGACCCUUUUCAUUAUGUGACAACCAUUGCCUUUGCAGGAAGUACAUGUGGUGACUUAGUGCCCAAGCAGUUUCUAAAAGGAAUUCAGUCACUGCUGUCAGGAUUCUCUGGGAAGCUGACUUGGCCUUCAGAGGAAGCUCGCUGUGCCCAGGACCUGACAGGGUUGGCAUCCUUCCAGAUAAAAUUUGAGGUUGAUGAAAAGCCCCCAACCUUGAUGACAGAUUGUCUGGUUAUCAAGCAGUUUUUGCACAAAACCAGCAUAGUUCACCCAAAGGUCAGAUUCCACUUUGGUGUGGAAGUGAAUGGAGUCCUCUCCAAGGAAAGCUUUGGGGUGGAGAAGGAGCCCAUGGUGAAGCUGCUAAAUGGGAUUGGCCUGCUCACCAGUCAGCACCACUAUGUGAGGCCAGGAUUUCUGGGGGCCCAGAAAGUCUGCAGCAGAAUCCACCCUGUGCUGGGGCAUCCUGUCGCCCUCUUCAUUCCUGACGAGGAAGCCAACAUGGGCUUACUGGGGCAGCUGACCCUCACUCCAGCAGCUGCUCUGUGUCCCUGCUGCAAGCUUCAUCCCGACCAGACCAGCCAGAUCUCUCCAUCAUAUGUAUUUCUGUAUGGACCUUCAGGUCUGCCUCUACUAUUUCCAAAUCAGGAGCAUCCAUUAACUGUCUUCAAGGAUAAUUCCUACCUUUUUGACUGGAAGAAAUAUCACUUAUGUGCAGCACUCAACUCGAAUAUCGGUUUGGAAGAAGAUCUGGUGCUUCCCGAUGUGAGUUACUGGAUUGAGUCCCAUGAGAGGAGACGGCCCCCGGACUCGGAGGAACGUGUUCUGCUGCUCUUUCUCAUGGUGGAUUUCCACGGUGGAUUCCCAGCUCAGCUGACGGAGGCCUGGGGGUUACAGUCUUUGCUUCUAACUCAUCUGAAUAGCAUCCUGCUGGAGAACCAGAGCCUGGUACAGGGUGCUGUACAGACAGCUGUGGAUCAGGCCUUGGGGCAGCACCACCGGGGAGUCAAGGCCCAACAGAAAUUGCAGGCAUCCAUCCCAGUGGCCGUGAACUCCAUCCUCAGUAUUGUGGCUGGCAGCACCUGCAGCAGCUUUCGGGCUCUUUGCCUCCAGACCCUUCAGGCAGCCGACACCCAGGAGUUCAGGAGGAAACUGCACAAAGCCUUCCAGCUGACCCUGCAUCGGCGCUUCCUUCAUCACGCUACCAGUGACCCAAAGAAACAGCUGCUUCCUGAGCCGACCAGCACGGAGGAGAGGGAGGAGGGGGACGAGAGCCUAGAGGAGGCACUCCCAGGGAGCUGCUGUCCAGGAGAGGCUCCGAGGCCCAAGAGGUACUGCCAAGAAGAGGGUGUGGGGAGGAAGGCCCUGGCUGCCAGCUGGCUGCCCCUGCUGAGCCUCGGGCAAGCCCCCCAGCGCUCUAUCGGAACGGGACCCACCUGCUCCCAGGCCAGGGGCUGGGGCAGCCCAGAGACCCGCGGGGAGGACACGCUGUGGCUGCAGGAGGUGUCCAACCUGUCCGAGUGGCUGAGCGCCGGCCCAGGGUCCAGGCCCGGACCCUAGGGGGGCAGUCCCCGGCCCCGCUUCUUCCAAU